AUGCCGCACGCCUUGUCCGACAUGUCGUCAUCCCCGGCCCAGAAGCCGGGAAGCCCGGCCGGCAAGGAGCUGCUGGAUAAGGGAAUGAGGAAGUUCAAGAUGAUCAAUCGUAUCAUCCAGUACGAGGACGCUCUUAUCAAACCCGGCGAGGACGCUCUGGACCUCCGCCAUCGCACCCAGUAUCGCCGCCGCAACACCACAAGAAACCCCACCGCUACUCCCCGCCUUCACGCCUCUCGGAGAGCAGGGACUUCCAUCUCGUCGGAUUACUCUGCCACCAGCUACGCAAGCAAUGGGAGCAAUUCUUCAACCUCAGGCAGCAGCAACAGCAGCUCUUCCUCCGCCUCUCUUGCUCGACGCACAGACGCCUUGCGCAUCCAGCAUUCUGAUCUCGACUGUUCGACCCGUCAACAGUCCCGGUACCGCUCCGAUGCGAACACCAGCGCUCCAGGAAAUCUGUACGCCAGAUAUAUAUUUCACGGCUCGGAUGAGAAUGUCUCCGAAACGACACCCGUUCCGGAGGCUGCCGCCAUAGCCUCAACAGCCAUUACGUCGCCGCAUCCAGGAAUAGAUCAUGCGGCGCCCAGCUUGAAGCCACUUUCUGUCGUUGCAAUGUCUCGUGAGAGCUCUUCUCAAGGGGUUGCUGGGGGGAACAAUGACACUCGUUCAUCUCUGUACGAGAACAACAAUGAGAAUCCCGACAACGACACCAUUGAUGAGCAGUCUGAACCUGACUCUUCUGUGCCUUCCAACGACCACCAACCAACUCCCCCUAGCGAUGAUGAUCACCAUCAAGAUACCGACGACGCUUCAUCAGAGCAUGAUGACAGCGAUGCCCCCUCAGAUGACUCGCGCUACUCCCCAGACCCCCUGCAGAGGGACUUCCUUGAGGAGAUCCUGCGUCCGGUUAAGCAGCAUCUCUUCCAACGGCUCAUGGUUUAUAUUGCAAACAGCACGACGGCUCCCAAAGAAGCCCCUGCUUCCACGGACCAGGGUCUAUCUGCCAGCCGUGCCAACGGCAAGAGACCCUCCGUGACCACCAAUGGUUGCACAGGCCGCACGUUCAUGGGCGCAAGUCGGAAGAGGAAGAUGGGGAACGCGGAUUCUCCGGGUGACAACGAUGACAGUGAUGAUGACGAUGACGAUGAACGCCGCCGUCCCCGUAAACCACGCAAAUCCCCAAGCCCACAUGAACAUCACGAGGGGCGGAGGAUCGCGUGCCCGUACUUCAAGCGAAACCCGCGUAGUCCGGCGAAGGCCGAUGCGUGCUUCCGAACUGGGUUCAGGGACAUCACGAAGAUGAAAGAGCAUUUAGAACGGGUACACGACUGCUCCAUCCAAUGCCCCCGCUGCUAUAAGGUAUUCAAGACGCAAGAUGAUGUGAAUACCCACCUCCGCCGUCCCGAAGAUCAGAUGUGCGCGCGGGUCCAAGAGAGGCCGUUCACCGACGGCUACAACGCCGCGCAGGCCGGAAUGCUCAGGGGCCGCAUGCGAAACAAGCCUCUUGAGGAGAAAUGGAAGUACAUCUGGCGCAUCCUGUUCCCUGCGGAUCAGGACGACGAGAUCCCACCGCCAUGGUGGGUAGACCGUGAUGAGAUACAAGGAAUGAAUUUCUACGCGCGCUACGAGAACUUCAUGCGCAACGAUCUGCCCCGCCGCGUCGAGCAGGGCGUCCUCAUGCUUGUCGAUCAGCUUUUCCUGUCUGAAACUUUGCAGGGUCAUGUUGAGACGAUUGUGCAGAACUGCUUGGAGCAGUCGUACUCCCUUUUCCGCCGUCGAGCAGCUGACGGGCAAACGAUGGCAUCACCUCAACACGAGGCUGAUUUGCCAUCAGCAGGGGUACCAGCGGUAGCCUCUUCCUCAGCUACUGUUGACCCGCGAAUCGCGAUGCUGGGCGCAAACCCUGACCAUGUUCAGCCUGGAUUGUGGCCUGCAACCCCAGGUCGCUUAGCAGCGCCGGCAUUUACGACUAGUGGUGGUCUAGCUCAACAGCAGCCUGUCGUCUCACCCUACACGGCACAGCAUCCUUCAUCCCUGCUGACCGAUCCAGGCUUAACUCAGCCGGGAUACGCCAGUAACGUGGCAGAGAUGGAUACCAGCUUCUUGACCGUUGAGCACGACGUCGCUACGGCACAUACGCCAGUAGGCCGGUCGCCGGAUGGGCAGUGGGACUCUAUGGAUGACGCUGCAGCCUUGUUUGAUCCUGGUUUCGAUGAUCUGAGCUCAAGAUAUCACGCUUCACUUUCUGGAGGGAGUCACAAUCAAGGUGGAUAUUUGAGAAGGGACUAA